ACACAUCGUGUCCCUCUGGGCAGAGGCGAGUCAGUCCCUUGUUAAGUCCCCAGGGAAGUCCCCGUGCGCCCGACCUCGAGCCGGGGGGCGCUCCGGGUUCGGGAUGCGCAGGGCACUAGGACCCGGCGGGGCGGAGGGGCCGGCCGAGUGCGGCGCUUGUUCCCUCCCUGCCCGCUCGGGCUCCGGCUCCCGCUCCAUUGUCUGCGACCUGCGGCCGCCGAGCGGGUGGCACCGACCCAGCCGGCUGGCGCGGAGCGGGCGCGGGAGAUGCUUGAGCCGCCCGCCUAGUCCCCGCCUUGCGCGGGAAGGAUGUGCGCCCGGAUGGCGGGGCGCGCGGUGGCGGCGGCUCCCCGGGGGCCCCGCGGCCCCUGGCUGUGCCUCCUGGUGGCCCUCGCCCUGGACAUCGUGAGAGUGGUCUGUGACCAGGAGCCCCUGGACCCCAUCUACCUGCCGGCCACCCUGGAGCUCCUAGAUGCCCCUGAACACUUCCGUGUGCAGCGGGUGGGCCACUACCCACCUGCCAACUCCUCUCUGGGCUCCAGAUCUGAGACCUUUCUGCUCCUGCAGCCCUGGCCCAGGGCCCAGCCGCUUCUCCGGGCCUCCUACCCGCCCUAUGCCACUCAGCAGGUGGUCCCUCCUCGAGUCACGGAGCCCCACCAACGGCCAGUCCCGUGGGACGUGCGGGCCGUGUCGGUGGAAGCGGCCGUGACUCCAGCAGAGCCCCACGCCCGCGUCCUCUUCCACCUCAAAGGGCAGGAUUGGCCGCCGGGGCCUGGCAGCCUGCCCUGUGCCCGGCUCCAUGCCAUACACCCUGCAGGCACAGCUCACCGAGCCUGCCGCUUCCAGCCGUCCCUGGGCGCCUGCGUGGUGGAGCUGGAGUUCCCCUCGCACUGGUUCUCCCGGGGCUCCGCCACGCGGGCGGAGCUGGCCUACACACUGGAGCCCGCUGCUGAGGGCCCUGGGGGCUGUGGACCCGGUGGGGAGGAGGACCCCAGGGAGCAGGCCCUCCCGGUGGGCGACGUGGAGCUGCGCCCGGCGGACCCCCCACCUUACCAGGAGGUGCCCCUGGAUGAAGCAGUGACUCUGCGUGUGCCCGACGUGCCCGUGAGGCCUGGACAGCUCUUCAGUGCCACCCUCCUGCUUCGGCACAACUUCACAGCCGGCGUCCUGACCUUGCGGAUCAAGGUGAAGAAGGGGCUGCAUGUGACGGCUGCCCGCCCAGCCCAGCCCACCCUCUGGACUGCCAAGCUGGACCGCUUCAAGGGCUCCAAGCACCACACCACCCUCAUCACCUGCCACCGUGCUGGGCCCACAGGGCCGGACCCCAGCAGCCCCCUUGAGCUGUCCGAGUUCCUGUGGGUGGACUUUUUGGUGGAGAAUGGCACCAGUGGGGGCGUGGCGGUCACUCGCCCUGUCACGUGGCAGCUGGAGUACCCAGGCCAGGCCCCUGAAGCAGAGAAGGACAAAAUGGUGUGGGAGAUUCUGGUGUCAGAGCGGGACGUAAGAGCUCUCGUCCCACUGGCUAAGACCGAGGAGCUGGUGAACACAGCGCCACUGACUGGAGUGCCACGGCGUGUCCCAGUGCGCCUUGUCACCGUGGACAGUGCGGGCGCUCUGGUGGAGGUGACAGAGCAUAUUGGCUGUGAGUCAGCCAACACCCAGGUCCUGCAGGUGUCCGAGGCCUGUGAUGCUGUGUUUGUGGCUGGCAAGGAGAGCUGGGGCGCUCGCGGGGUGCGGGUGGACUUCUGGUGGCGCCGGCUGCGGGCCUCGCUGCGGCUGACGGUGUGGGCCCCGCUGCUGCCCCUGCGCAUCGAGCUGACCGACACCACCCUCGAGCAGGUCCGAGGCUGGAGGGUACCCGGCCCAGCUGAAGGGGCUGCGGAGCCAGAGGCGGCGGCGGCAGUGGAGGAGGCGGAGCGGCGCGCCCGCGGCUGCCGCCUGCAGUACCAGCGCGCCGGUGUGCGCUUCCUCGCCGCCUUCGCGGCCCGCCCGCUGGACGGGGGCCGCCGCCUCACCCACCUGCUCGGCCCCGACUGGCUGCUGGACGUGUCCCACCUCGUGGCGCCGCACGCCCACGUGCUGGACCCGCGCGUAGCCUCGCUGGAGGGCGGCCGCGUGCUGGUGGGCCGGGAGCCCGGCGUCACCUCCAUCGAGGUGCGGUCCCCGCUGUCUGACUCCAUCCUGGGGGAGCAGGCACUGGCUGUGACGGAUGACAAGGUCUCAGUGCUGGAGCUGCAGGUGCAGCCGGUGAUGGGCAUCUCGCUGGCCCUGAGCCGGGGCACUGCCCACCCCGGGGAGGUCACAGCCACAUGCUGGGCACAGUCAGCUCUUCCUGCCCCAAAGCAGGAGGUGGCCCUCUCCCUAUGGCUGUCCUUCUCUGACCACACCCUGGCACCCGCUGAGCUCUACGACCACCGGGACCUGGGACUAUCCGUCUCGGCCGAGGAGCCUGGCGCCAUCCUGCCAGCCGAGGAGCGGGGAGCCCAGCUCAGGGUGGUGGUGAGUGGGGCAGGCACUGAGGGGUUGCCCCUGCAUGUGGCUUUGCACCCGCCUGAGCUCUGCCGCCGGGGCCGCCACCGUGUGCCCCUGGCCUCUGGCACUGCCUGGCUAGGGGUGCCCCCUGCCCCCACCCCAGCCCCUGCCCGCCCAUCCAGCCCUGCCCGCAGCUCACCAGCUACAGAGGCCAGCAUUGGGGGUGAGCGGCGGGCGGCAGGCAGUGCGGGGGGCAACGGGGGUGUGAGGGCCAAGUUCGAGCGGGCAGAGGAGGAGGCCAGGGAGGAGGAGGCAGAGGCCAGGGAGGAGGAGGAGGAGGAAGAGGAAGAGAUGGUCCCCGCCCCUCAGCGGGUCACCGACCUAGAGCUGGGCAUGUACGCCUUGCUGGGCAUCUUCUGCCUGGCCAUCGUCAUCUUCCUGGUCAAUGGUGUGGUCUUCGUGCUGCGCUAUCAGCGCAAGGAGCCUCCGGACAGUGCCACUGACCCUGCCUCCCCCCAGCCCCACAACUGGGUCUGGCUGGGCACCGACCAGGAGGAACUGAGCCGGCAGCUGGACCGGCAGUCCCCCGGCCCACCCAAGGGGGAUGGGAGCUGCCCCUGCGAGAGUAGGGGAGUCGGGGAGGCCCUGACCCUGACCCAGGCACCUGCUGGGGCCACCACCAGCUCCCUGAGCACCCUGGCCCGGAAGGAAGCCGGAGGGCGGCGGAAGCGUGUAGAGUUCGUGACGUUUGCACCAGCCCCCCCAGUCCAGCCACCUGAGGAGCCCGUUGGGGCCCCUGCCGUGCAGUCCAUCCUGGUGGCGGGCGAGGAGGACAUCCGCUGGGUGUGUGAGGACAUGGGGCUGAAGGACCCCGAGGAGCUGCGCAGCUACAUGGAGCGGAUCCGAGGCAGCUCCUGACCCCUCCCG